AUGGUGACAUGCAAGGGAUACAAGCAGCCAGAGGACCCCAGUCCUUGUUGCAAUUCUCUUAGAGGUUAUGGUGCAUGGGCUGCCACCAAGUGCCGGGAGGUGGCUUUCCCUGGGAGCCUGCGCAGGAAAGCCUUUGUAAUCACCUGUAGUCCGGGAGGGAGCUGUGUCUUUCUACCUGUGACAAUUAAAGCUGCUGAGAUCAUGUUUGAAGAUGGUAGCCUCCUCCUCUUCAUUCCUCUGCUCAUCAUCUACACAUUUAUUGUUAUCGGGAAUCUCACUGUAUUUUUUGCAGUCAGGAUGGACACCCGUCUCCACAACCCCAUGUACAAUUUCAUCAGCGUCUUCUCCUUUCUGGAGAUCUGGUAUACCACAACCACCAUUCCCAAGAUGCUCUCCAACCUCAUCAGUGAGAAGAAGACCAUCUCCAUUACUGGCUGCCUCUUGCAGAUGUACUUCUUCCAUUCACUUGGAAAUUCGGAGGGCAUCUUGUUGACCACCAUGGCCAUUGACAGGUAUGUAGCCAUCUGCAACCCUCUCCGUUACCCGACCAUUAUGACCCCCCGGCUCUGUGCUCAGCUCUCUGUGGGCUCUUGCAUCUUUGGCUUUCUUGUGUUGCUCCCAGAGAUUGUGUGGAUUUCCACACUGCCCUUCUGUGGACCCAACCAGAUCCGUCAGAUAUUCUGUGACUUUGAGCCUGUGCUGCAGUUGGCCUGUACAGACACGUCAGUGAUUCUGAUUGAGGAUGUGAUCCAUGCUGUGGCCAUCAUCUUCUCUGUCCUGAUUAUUGCUCUCUCUUAUAUCAGAAUCAUCACUGUGAUCCUGAAGAUCCCUUCUGUUGAAGGCCGCCAAAAGGCCUUUUCCACCUGUGCGUCUCACCUUGGUGUCUUUCUGAUGUUCUAUGGCAGCGUGUCCCUCAUGUACCUGCGGUUUACUGCGACUUUCCCACCCAUUUUGGACACAGUUAUUGCACUGAUGUUUGCAGUUCUUGCACCCUUUUUCAACCCUAUCAUCUACAGCUUGAGAAACAAGGAUAUGAAGGCUGCAAUCAAGAAGCUUCUCUGGAUGGAAUCACAGCAGUGGAGGAGGAAAGCCUCGGGUAGCAGCGAUGGGCGGUGCCAGGGCUAG